GUAAACGUAUCCGAUUCGGAUAGAUUUUUGGAACAUUAUUUGAAAUUUAAAUUUAAAUUUCGGUUUUGUUUUAUUUUACACGAUACAAUGGUCACAGGUAGAGUUUUGAAAGCCGACAUGUAGUAUUGUAUGUGAAUAUGUAUGAAGUUAAGGAACUGAAAAAAGUUUAAGACUGUGAAAAUAGUGGGUUAGUGAUUCAAAAAUGAUAGGACGCCUGAAGUCGACGUUUUUGUUUAUUUUCUUGCAUUGUUUUGGAGAUGUAACCAGCAUCGGCAACGUCAAGCUGAUAAUAACGCCAUCUAUCGUGAAACGCAAUGGAACUGCAGUGUUGACCUGCUUCCGCGAUAUGCAGGGGGCGCCACUGUACACAGCCAAGUGGUACCGAGGGAACCACGAGUUCUACAGAUAUACUCCCUUGGAAAACCCCAGCACUAGGGUGUUUGGAUUGCCCGGGAUUUUUGUUGAUAUGAACAACUCCGAUGACAAGAAAGUGGUCCUUCGGAGGUUGGAGCCGAGUCUCGCCGGCAACUUUAGCUGCGAGGUCACUGCUGACAGCACCUUCUCCACGCAGACCGCUACGCAGUUCCUUGAUGUCGUUGUGACACCAGAGAGCCAGCCAGUGCUGCAAGCGGAGAAGGAGAAGUACCAGCCGGGAGAGUUGCUGCGGGCCAACUGCACCACCGCCCCCGCCAAGCCGCCCGCCAACCUCACCAUUUACAUCAACGAUGAACCGCUACGUUCAUCCGAAACCACCCUGCACCCGUGGGACGGCGGGCUGUCCUGGGCCAGCGUGGGCGUGGAGCUGAAGGUCUCCCCAGACCUUUUCCCCGGCGGCCGCCUGCGCGUCACCUGCAAUGCCACGGUGUACGAUGUCUAUAACGAGUCCGCGAAGCUGGACUUCUUUACUCCGGAGACUGAUCCGCGUCCGGAAAGAAUCACACUCGGCAGCAACGCCUCAAGAUGCUUCACCAGCUGGCUUCUGAUCUUCUUCAUGCUGUUCCUGCCCAUCGUGAUGGCUCAAGACUACGGCAUGUUCAACCAAGACGUCUUCAGAGAAGCCUAUGAUAACAACUUUGAAGAAAACUAUGAUGAGAACCUGUACUUAAUAGGGUCUACUCCUAAAAAGCCGCUUUUGUCACUUAUUGGCCAUUAGAAUAUCGCAGGUAUGAUAAGAUUCAUGUCUGUCUGUCAUUUAGGUAAAUAUUAAAUUCACUGCAUCAGUCUUAUUAAAAAUAAUUCUAAUUAUGCAGGAUAAUGUAUAUGUUGUUGCUAAUCUUAUCUGAUGGUUGCCACAUUUAGCUGCGCACUGCACUUUAUAUUUGAAGCCACGAAUUUGAAUUGUAACAAUGCUAAUCAUGCUAAUCAGCAUGAAUCUUUUCCUCCUCCUGAUAUGAAAAGUCCCCGCCACGUAUUGUACUUUCUUAGAGAUUGUAUCGUAUACUCCUUAAGCAGACCAACAUUUGUUCAGCGACUUUCACAACAUUAUGAAGUCUUUAUUUUUUUAAUUUUUCAUAAAAAAUAAAUAUUAGCUUCAAUAAACGAUUAUUUAUAUAGGAUUUA